AAAACGCUUCUCCCCAAAACCCCUCGCUUUUUACACACCCUCUCGAGCUUGCGGAAAAAGGAAAAAAAAAGGCGGAAAAAAAGGCAACCGCUCCGACGAUGGCGGGUUUCUCGUUCGGAUCCUCCGCCGCUGCCCCCUCCUCCUCCGCCUCAACCGCCUCUCCCUUCUCGUUCGGAUCUUCCCCUCCCGCUUUCGGAUCCUCCUCCGCCUUCACCCUCGCUCCCUCCUCCGCCGCAAACCCUAGCUCCUCCUCCUCCCCUCUCCAAUUCUCCUUCGCCCCCUCCUUCCCCGCCGCUUCUCCCUCCCCCUUCCCCGCCGCCGCCGCCGCCGCCGCCGCCGCCAACCCUAGCUCCUCCCCCGCUCCCUCCUUUUCCUCGUCGUCGGCGCCCUCCGCUCCUCCAUUCUCCUUCGGAGUCGGCUCCGCGCCGGCGGCUUCGACGCCUCCGCUCUUCGGUACGCCGUCGUCGGCCGCGUCCGGUGGAUCUUCGCCCUUCGGAAUGGUUCAGCCUGCCGCGAGUCCGUCGCCGUUCGCGUCGAGUUCCCCUUCGCCAUUCUUUGGCUCGUCGGGGAGCUCCGCUGCUUCUCUGUUCGGUACGCCCGCGCCUUCUUCCGGUGCGAGCUCGGGUUCGUCCUUGUUUGGAGCGGCCACUUCUGGUUCGCCUCUGUUCGGGACGCCUCAAUCUGCGGCGAGUUCUGGUCCGUCCUUGUUUGGAGCGGCCACUUCUGGUUCGCCUCUGUUCGGGACGCCUCAAUCCGCGGCGAGUUCUGGUCCGUCCUUGUUUGGAGCGGUCGCUUCUGGUACGCCUCUGUUCGGGACGUCUUCAAGUGCAAGCACGCCACUGUUCGGUGCGGCGCCGACGUCGUCAUCGACUUCGACUACAGCCGCCGCUCCGCCUCUGUUUGUGACGCCGUCGUCUUCCGCCGCCGCUUCUGGAGCGUCCUUACUUGGAGGAACUGCUUCCGCCGCUAGUUCUGGUGCGCCAUUGUUUGGGGCAGGUCUGUCCACGGCUCCGUCCCUGUUUGGUAUAACUGCGACCUCCGGGAGUCCGAGUUUGGCCGCCACCGCCCCCACUGCCGCCGCCGCCGCCGCCGCCACAGCGACGUUGUCCGGAGCUUCUUCAUCAGCUUCAGCGACUACAUCAUUUUCAAACGUAUUUUCUUCUAGUUCAGCCGCAACGACAUCUCCUUUUUCUGCUUCUCCGGGGCUUUCCUUUGCCAAACCCACCUCAAGCUCUAGUUCGCCAUCUCCAGCACCCAGUGCAACAUCCAUGACAACCUCAACCUUCUCAUUUGCACCGUCUUCCUCAUCUUCGCAGUCCUCUUUCAGUUUCGCGUCGUCGGCCCCGCUCUCGACUGCACCUUCCGCGAAGCCUACGUCCUUUUCGUUCGCCCCAUCCGCGGUGCCAUUGCUCUCUACUGUCACCACUACCACUAGUGCGUCGACUCCAUCGGCAGGUGGCUCCGCUUUCGUGUCCUCUUCGACGACAUUGCCUUCAUUUGCUGUGGGUUCCUCGUCGGCCGCUGCGACUUUGACGGCCCCGGCAGUUAGUGCAGGAUCUUUGACACCUGCUAGUUCCUUUACGGGAUUUGGAGUGACUGCAACACCUGCCUCUUCGGUGACUGCUAGUUCGGUUCCAAGCCUUUCGUUGUCUGCCAGAACUUCAACACCAGCUUCAUCUCAAGCACCUUCUACCACCAUCACCGUCCCUGCUUUUAGUGUCCCUGCUACAACUUCCGCAGCAACAACAGCUUCUAGCACCAGUACAACUGCAGCUCCGACAUCAUCUCUUAUUGUAGCUUCUAGUAGCGGAGCAACAUCAAGCAUCAGCGCUGCAGUUGCUGUACCCAAACUACCAUCAGAGAUCGUGGGGAAGACUGUUGAGGAGAUUAUCAAGGAGUGGAAUGCUGAGCUACAAGAGCGAACAGGGAAAUUCCGGAAGCAGGCAAAUGCCAUAGCUGAGUGGGACAAGAGGAUAUUGCAGAAUCGUGAUGUUCUUCUUAGGCUUGAGAUUGAAGUGGCAAAAGUGGUUGAAACCCAAGCUAGCCUGGAGAGACAGCUGGAAUUAAUUGAAACUCAUCAGCAAGAGGUUGACAAGGCUUUGCAGAGCAUAGAAGAAGAAGCUGAACGUAUUUACAAGGAUGAGCAUGGAUUAUUGCUUGAUGAUGAAGCUGCGUCCACUAGAGAUGCAAUGUAUGAACAAGCUGAGUUGAUAGAGAGGGAGCUGGAACAAAUGACGGAACAAAUUAAAUCAGUCAUCCAGACUCUGAAUUCGAGCCAGGGUGGAGAGCUCGACACCGUCGACGGCAUGACACCACUUGAUGUUGUUGUCAGGAUUUUAAAUAAUCAGCUUAGCUCUUUAAUGUGGGUUGAUGAGAAGGCUGAGGAAUUUUCAUCACGCAUUCAGAAGCUCGCAACCCAAGGUUCUGCUGCAGAACGUGAAUUAAUGGGCCCAAGAUUGUGGAUGUCUUGAACCUCUGAUCUUCAGACGCGUGAUGUAACUUUUCGAUUUUUGUCAUAGUGGUCUAACAUCUGCUGAGGUUGUCGUCACCUUGUUGCAGCCUUAAUAACUGAUUCCGAUGAACUCUUACUUGGUGACAACAUGGAUCGCUUGGAGUUAUUUUCCCCUCCACUCCAGAAUACUCCGAUUCUCACUUGAGUAUCAAGUCAUCCUGUUGUGUCCAUAUCUUAGCUACCAUUUUGUGGCCCCGAGCAGUAUGGGAAUGUUCAAAUUGGAUAAUAUUGUCGAAUACCUUCAUGUUGUUGACUGUCAAUAGUCUGGUUCUUGG